CUGAUAUGUGGCACUGAUUGGCAUUGAUAGGUGGCACUGACUGGCACUGAUGGGUGACAUUGAAAAGCAGCUCAGAUGGGCACUGAUAUGUGGCAUUGAUGUGCACUGGUAUGCAGUGAUAUGUGGCACUGAUGGGCACGUGUCACUGAUGGGCACUGGCACUGAUGAGCACUGACAGGUGGCACUUCUGGGGCCACACUGAUCAUCAGGGCACACUGAUCAUCAGUGCCCUGCGGCUCUCCUCUCGAGCUGUCAGCGUGACAGCUCGAGAGGAGAGAAAUGCAGAUAACCGGCAUUUCUGUGUUUACAUGUGAUCAGCUG